AUGCCUCCCAAGAAGGACGAGACCGCCGCCCCCACCGGCGAGGCCAUCACUGGUUUCACGGGGAAGGAGACAAAGAUGAUCGCCGCCGCUUUCGUUGCUGGAACCGGUCCUGACAAGUACGACUACGAGCUCUUCGCCACUCUCACCGGCAACACCCUCAGCUCAAUCAAGAAGAUGUGGCCGCCCGUCAAGCGCAAGGUCAUCGAGGCGCAUCCCUCCUUCGGCACCUUCCUCGGCACAGCCACUACUGCAAGCGGUAGCAAUGGUGAGGGCGCGGGCGAGACUAAAGCUAAGGCUGCGCCCAAGGCCAAGGCCAACAACGGCAAGAAGCGCAAGGCGACGUCCACGGAGCCCGAUGACGAUGAGCUUGUUCCAGAGGGAGUGAACGGGGAUGCUGGCAAGAAGAAGCCGGCUGCCAAGGGUCGCAAGAAGAAGGCCGGUAGCGCUGAUGCUGAGGAGAGCCAGAAGAAGCCGGCGGCGAAGAGGGGAAGGAAGAAGGUCAAGAGUGAGGAGGUUGCGGACGAAGCAGAUGACGAGACCAAGGAGGAGGCUGCCGACGAGGAGGCUGCCAACGGGAGCCCGCUUGCCGACUCCGACAACCUUACCGCGGCGCCAUUCCGCGCUCUUACCAACAAACCCUCUUCGCACCACAAACCCCCCGAAGCUUCCAAAGCAUCUAGCCACCAUGGCUAUAACGUCCCUCGCCGUACCUUUCGACGGAUCAUGAAGCCCUGCUCCUUAGCUGCUAUUCUACCCUUCAUCACUGCAUCUGCGAGUCUAAAUUUCUCGCUCAACCCACUCCGCGGCAUCCAGCAAUUCCCCCUCUCCUUCUAUUUGAACACCGCGAAGGACGCAGGCAACAUGACCCGCCGUGCGCCCGUAAUUGCCAUCUCCCACGGCGGUGGCCCGAUGCCCAUUCUCGGUGACCCCUCCCAAGCCGCCCUCACGCACAGCAUGAAGACUCGCGUGCCAAAGAUACUGAAGCUCGGCACGCCGGAGCGGCCGCGCGCUAUUGUGUUGGUUACCGCGCACUGGAGUGAAAAGGUGGUGGGGAUUAGUUCCGGGGAAAAACACGAGCUGUAUUAUGACUAUGGUGGGUUUCCGGAUGAGGCGUACAGUCUUAGAUACGACGCGCCGGGCUCUCCAGAAAUCGCCGAGCUUGUUCGUCGGCAGCUCGAGGAGGCAGGAUUGAAAUCGAAGAAGGAUGGGAAGAGAGGUUGGGACCACGGCGUGUUCGUCCCCAUGACACUAAUCCAUCCCGAAGCUAGCAUCCCGAUCGUACAACUGAGCGUUCUCACCUCCGAGGAUCCAGCCACGCACUACUCCAUCGGACGCGCGCUUGCCCCUCUUCGCGAGCAAAACAUCGCCAUCGUCGGUUCCGGCUUCGCUUCUUUACACAACCUGCGUGCGAUGUUCAGUGGGCAGACGAGGACGCCGGCGUUCAAGGCACUGAACGAGGAGUGGAGUAAGACUUUGGGAGAUGCUGUUGCUACAGAAGAUGUAGAGGAGCAGAAGAAGAGGUUCGAAGGGUGGAGAAAAUGGACAGGCAGUUACGAGAUGCAUCCUAGGGGUGGAGCGGAGCACUUUUUGCCGCUGAUUGUUUGCGCGGGCGCAGGGGCUGGAAGUGGGGAUAAAGCGAAGAGUUACGGGGAUGAGAUGAUGGGGUUGAAGAUGUGGAGUUAUUACUGGGACGACGAGGAGCAAAGCGUGUUGUAG